AUGUCUGCAAGUCUAUGACGUUGCCAUAUCGCCCAUAAAACCUGGUCUCGAAUUGAUUUUUAUUUUAUACAUAAAUGACCAAGGCUUCGACAUGGAGAUAUAGUCGACAAAAAGGAUAAAGAAAGAAAAGCAACUUGCUAGGGGCGUUGAAAUUCACCAAUAAAAAAUGAGCGUCAUUUCCGAAACAAGAGGUUGUAUUGACUUUUACACGACACCAGGAUAUUCUCCUGGGGCGCAAAUAGCAAUUAUACUUGGCGAACUUGGACUCGCAUAUCGUUUCCAUGAAAUAAAACCCACCGUCAAGAAGGAAGACACGCCCAUUCAUCAUGAGCCUAAUGCGGUAUUGAAAGACAUUGAUGAAGCCGGCCUUGCCGUCACUUUUGAGGGGGCUAGUGCAAUCAUGCAUUAUUUAAUUAAGCAAUAUGACUCAGAUCAUAAAAUUUCAUUCCCUCCAAACUCACCCGAGGCUGAACAGGUUAGCACUUGGCAGCCAUUCUUCAAAUCCCCAACAAAAAAUCCGUCUCAUUCACCUGCUACCAAAGAGCCGGGCACGAAAGGCUCUAAUACGUUUGAAAUACUUUUUUCCUUGAAUGAAAGGCUGCGUGAGACAGAAGACUAUCUAGUGGGACAUAAAUUUUCUGUUGCGGACAUUGCUCACAUUCCAGUCGUUGUUACAGCUGAGGAUGCAGGUGUGGAUAUUGAAAUGUUUCCUAAUGUAGUGUCAUGGUAUAAUAAUAUACUGUCCCGAUCCGGGGUGGAGAAGGGGCUAGCUGCUUCUAGCUCUAGAAGCUUUUAGGUCCACUUGUGAUCAACCAUGAAUUCAUCAGACUUUUCAAAUGGUAGUGGAUGCACCUCCCAUACACAUUCGUUUGGGUUAUAUUGGACUAUUUAUAUACAUUCUUUGUCGUUUGAUACCUAGAGCCUCUUUAUCACAUAGGUUCAGGUUGAAACAACAAAUGCAAUCCCUAAUCCUGAUUAAA